CUAGCCGGUGCUGAUAACGAAGCAAGGGGUCAAUGUGUAUUAUUAUGCAGUACCAUUUCCUCGAUAACAUCACAAUGACUGCAGGUUGUUGAGUAAAUUUACAGAAUUCACGUUCAAAGACGCAUAUCCCAAGUACGAGUAAUUGCAAGGAAGAAGUGCACACAGUGCAGGGCAAUCCAAACAGUAAGACAUGGAGGAGAAGGAGUUUCUGGAACAAAAUGUGGACACGGGAUCCACGGAUCCAAGUACCACGCGGAAACACAUCGUGUAUGGCAUUCACCAGUCACCCCACCCUCUACUGUGGCCUGUGUUUGGACUUCAGCAAGCUUUGAUGUGCAUCACUGGAACACUGUCACUUCCGUUUCUGAUAGCCAAUCAGAUAUGCGCACAUGACAUGCCGGAAGUUCGUUCCCAGCUUCUAAGUAUUUCCUUCUUUAUGUGCGGAAUCGCAACUUUACUACAAAAUGUCAUAGGCAUUAGGUUACCCAUUAUUCAAGGAGGUUCGAUGGCGUUUUUAAUCCCGAUCAUGACGAUGAUGAAUUUGGACCAAUGGAAAUGCAGACCUAGAGUUAUACUGAGUAGCAAUUCUACGUCAACCCAAGACUUCCAAUGGAUGGAGAAAAUGAGAGAGAUCCAAGGCAACCUGAUGCUUGCUUCUCUAACGCAAGUUUUCUUGGGAGCCACAGGUCUGGUAGGGUUUCUCCUCAGGUUUAUCGGUCCCCUGACCAUUGCCCCCACCGUGUCGUUAAUUGGACUCAGCCUGGCGCCUAUUAUAAUCGAUAUGUGUGCUCUACAGUGGGGAAUUUCCGCCAUGUCUUUGCUUCUUGUGGUCCUUUCCUCUCUAGUACUGGGCAAGUAUACUGUUCCAUUUCCGAUCUGCAACAGGAAAAAAAAAUGUCACGUGAUCCGGUACCCUGUUUUCCAAUUGGCUCCUGUUCUUCUUUCAAUAUGCAUUACAUGGAUGUUUUGUUUCAUUUUAACGGCAUCAGACGUGUUUCCGACCAACUCAACCGUGGUUGGAUAUGAAGCCAGAACAGAUACAAGACUGUUUAUCGUUAGUGACGCUCCGUAUUUCUAUUUUCCAUAUCCAUUUCAGUUUGGAAUGCCGACGUUUAGUGCUGCCGGCUUCUUUGGUAUGCUCAUGGCAACCAUAGCAUCGGUGAUCGAAUCUCUUGGAGACUAUUUUGCCGCAGCACGCAUAUGUGGUGUUCCGCCGCCUCCACCACACGCUGUCAAUCGCGGGAUUGCAAUCGAGGGCGUGGCUAGUGUUUUAUGUGGAAUGAUGGGAAACGGUCAUGGAACUACUUCUUACUGUGAAAAUAUCGGGGCAAUAGCGAUCACAAAGAUGGCGAGCAGACGAGUGUUCGAAACGGCCGGGCUGCUGCUUGUCCUCUGUGGCAUAGUCGGGAAGGUAGGUGCUGUUCUGUCGCUGAUCCCAGACCCAGUAGUGGGCGGUGUCCAGGCACUGACCAUCGGGAUGGUGACUGUCAUUGGCCUGUCGACGCUCAAGUUCGUGGAUCUCGGCUCAGCACGGAACCUGACCGUGAUGGGAAUCGCCAUUAUCAUGGGCAUCUCCGUACCGCGGUGGAUCCAGAGCAACCCGAACGUCAUCGACACUGGAAACAGCGAGGCAGACCAGAUUCUUGUGGUGCUGUUGGGGAUGCCCACGUUUGUUGGUGGUGCGCUUGGCUGUAUUCUAGACAACGUGUUGCCAGGCACAGACGAAGAAAGAGGGAUGAAGGCAUGGAGAGCAGAUCUGACAGGACAUUUAAAUACAAGAAAUAAAACUGAUAUGUCAGCCGCUGUCUACGACCUACCCCUUGUGACCCCCUACCUGCGCCGUAUCGGCUGUUGUGUACACGUGCCCGUAUCGCCGACGUUUAGCAAACAACCUAGUAUUUCAAACUGUUUGAGGCGUCUAAAAUCAAGGAAACGCGAUAUAGAGGAGAGUGUGGAUCACACACAUGAACUGGAGCGCCUUGACAGUUCAGGUGAUCAGCCUUGAUGUUCAUGGUACCAGAUAAAGAAAGGCCUUUGCAUAAAGCUCUACUAGUAGUGGUAGAAUUGUGAAUUGAGAGACCAAUCUGAUCAUGGUUCCAGAUGAAGAAAGGUCUUUGCAUAAAGCUCUACUAGUAGUGACAGAAUUGUGAAUUGAGGGACCGAUCUGAUCAUGGUUCCAGACAAAGAAAAACCUUUGCAUAAAGCUCUACUAGUAGUGACAGAAUUGUGAAUUGAGGGACCGAUCUGAUCAUGGUUCCAGACAAAGAAAGACCUUUGCAUAAAGCUCUACUAGUAGUGACAGAAUUGUGAAUUGAGGGACCGAUCUGAUCAUGGUUCCAGACAAAGAAAGACCUUUGCAUAAAGCUCUAUAAGUAGUAUCAGACUUGUGAAUUAGGAGAGACAUCAAGCCAUCGAAUCACUCCAAAAUUCGUAAAUUCAGUGUUUAACGGAUAUUACAAGUUUUCUUUCUUUUUAGAGACGGGAAGUGUAAUAUAUUGGUCGGCUAGGUCUUUCUGGGGAAAACUCUAUAUUUACUGCAUGCUAGUGUGCUCCGAUAUACUGUAGGUGUCAUUUAUGGAUUCAUCGAAAUAUUUGAACAUGAUUUUUGAUGUCUUCACGCACAAAACGGUGAAGAAUGAAAUGAAAACCUUAAAACCACUACUUUUUAUCUCAUUACCAGAACAAGAAAACGUUGAAAUAAAAUCACAACAGCCUAAUUAAUGCCUUAGCGUGACAGAUUUUCGUGUAUGGACCCCCAAGCACCAUUUAACGGUGUGACAGUCAAAUAUUUCAUUUUGUAUUCAAAAUCUCCUGUUACUUAUACUGACAAAUGCUGUCUCAAUUAAAUCCAGUGUCUGAUUUUAUUUUGUAAGUCACGAGUUUUCUUGUAUUUAAGCACAUUUACCAAAUUGCUAAACUUUUUUGGCCAAGUAUAUAUAAUCUGAUGGUAAUUUGUUAAAAAACGGUUUUUAGUUACAUAGAAAAUUUUAGUAAAAAAUGUAAUUUGAGUUGGUAUGGGUUUAAAACUCAAUAACAUGUUUUCAUUUUUUUAAAUUAAUUACAGGGUUAUAUCCCAAUUCGUUGGUUCCCUUUUCACGCAACUUAACUAUCGUGUAACCUGCAAGUCCAUCUGCACUUUGCUUGCGAUUCAUUUGAUAAACUGGGGGCGGUAUGUAACCUAGUGGUAAAGCGUUCAGUUGAUGCGCGGUCGGUCUGGGAUCGAUCCCCGUCGGUGGGCCCAGUGGGCUAUUUCUAGCUCCAGCCAGUGUACCACGACUGGUAUAUCAAAGGCCA